CAACAGAACCGAAGAGCGUACUUAAUAUCACAUUUAAGAAGCCUUCUAAUAGUCCCACCAGGCCACCACAGAAAUACCUACCAAAUACCAACACGGCAUCACCAUCACCUAGCUCGCUCCUACUCCUAAUUUCCUAUAUAUACAUACCAUAAAAUAAACAUAUCCAUGCACAAAUAUAGAAUAAAAAACUAAGGUAUUAAAGGGUUUAACAUUUUAGCAAUGAAGAAGGGGCAGAGUGGUAGUCGAGUUGCUGGUGGAACAGAGAGUAAUUGGUGCAAAGCGGCUCGCGGAGGCACCGGCAUUGCGGUGUUGGCGUUGCUCAUAGCUAAGCCCUUUGAUAUUAACCGUCUCCAGCAAGGACUCAACAAACUGCAAAAUUUUCAUCCUAUCCUCAAGACGAGGCUUGUCUACUCCAACUCUGGAUCAGAAGGCGGAGGGACAGGGACAGGAACAGGCUUGUCAUUUCUCACUUCUCCCACUCCUUACGUCAAGAUCGAAUCGUACAGCCUCUCUGCCACUUCUAAGAUCAUCGGAGGAGAAGGAAACGAUACCGUUUCUUCCCCGUUGCAAAAGAUCCUAGAGCAUGAACUGAACCAGAACACAUGGCGCGAUUUGAAUACCACUGGAGGCUCCGAUAUGUUUCUGGCGAGCAUGUAUGCGGUGAGUGAGACGACGUGGGUGGCAGCCAUGAGGCUGCACGUGGCGGCUUGUGACCGUACGACGGCGGUGUCGCUGUUGAAGGAGCUUCUUCUGGUGAUGACGGAGGAGGAGGAAGAGAAAGAGGAAGAGAGCAAGAAUGGAGAUUCGGGUGGAGGGUUGGCUUUGGCGAUUGAGGAUCUUGUGCCUUGUGGGAUGGCGAAGAAGGCUAUUUGGACACGUGGCAUCGAUGUGCUUAGUUACUCGGUGAACUCUAUCAGGCAAACGAAUCUGAAAUUUCAUGACACGAGAGGCAAGAGGUUUUCGCAAAUUGUGAGACUGCAACUAAACCAGAACGACACCAAGAGGGUUUUAGCUGGUUGCAAGCGUAACAGGAUUAAACUUUGCGGAGCAUUGACGGCUGCAGGGUUGAUGGCUGCGCAUAGCUCAAAGAACAGCUCAAGGAAAUAUGGGGUCAUAACCUUCACCGACUGCCGAUCCAGCCUCGAUCCACCCCUUUCUUUUCACGACUUUGGGUUUUAUAACUCGGCCAUUAUCAACAACCACGUGAUGAAAGGAGGGGAAAGUCUAUGGGAGCUGGCGAAGAAGACAUAUGGAGCAUUUGCAACCUCCAAGAACAACAAGAAGCACUUCACAGACAUGGCUGACACGAACUUCCUCAUGUGCAAGGCCAUAGACAACCCCAGCCUAACCUCAUCUUCAGCUCUUAGAACCUCCAUCAUGUCGGUGUUCGAGGACGCGGUGGUGGAUGACAGCACCGAGAUGCAGCGCCAUGUUGGGGUGGAGGACUACAUGGGGUGUGCUUCGGUGCAUGGUGUGGGCCCCUCCAUGGGGAUCUUUGAUACCAUUAGAGAUGGAGGCUUGGAUUGUGUGUGCGUGUACCCUGCGCCAUUGCACUCCAGGGAGCAGAUGCAAGACCUUGUUAACAACAUGAAGGCUAUUCUUAUUGAAGCUGGCAAGACCUGCCAGCCAUAGGCAUAAUAAUCCAUCCAUGUAUCUCACAAACCCACUCUAUUAUUACCUAUUUACCUAUUAUUGGUGUUGUAUGUUCUUUCUUCAUCCAUUUUCACGCUUCUUCUUACUAGCUACUUGCCUUUUCAGUUUCUCUCUUCUCUCUAAUUUUUCUUUCUUGAGG